AUGUUGGGUGCUGCGGCUCGGUUUGUAGAAUGCGAAUCGCAUAGCCAGAGAAGCAAAGUAUACAGACCUCCAGACACAGCAUGGGAUGUCCCACUUGGUUGGUCAGAUCAAUUCUUUGACAAGGCUCAGGCUCUUAUAUCAGCAUCAGCCGCACAUCCCACACUUUCCAAAGUUCAGGCUGUUAUUCUGAUACACAAUCACAGUGGUAACAUGGAUUCAAAGUCAUCUGCAUGUUGGUUAAUGGGUGGUCUCGCAAUUCGACUGGCACAAGGCCUUGGUCUAAAUAGGAAUUGCGAAGAAUGGGAUAUAUCAGAGAGUGAAAAGCAGACUCGUAAACGAUUGUGGUGGGCACUGUAUGUCACGGAUAGGUUCCAUUCUGCUUCUCUUGGUAGGCCAAUCAGUAUCCGUGACGAGGACAAUGAUGUGGGGUAUCCAGACGCCACAGCUAGCUGGAGAGAAGUUCUGGAUUUACCCAAAGAAUUGGAUGGGAAGGAAAUUACCCGCUUUCCUUCAGCCACCUACCAACCAGCCUCAAUUGAGGGUCGAGUGGAGUUUUAUCAGUUGUUUGUCCAGCUUGUUAAACUAUCAGAGAUCCUGGGACGGAUCCUCCAAGGCCUUUAUACCCCAAAGGCACAGAAAGUGAGCCACGACCACGGCAGUGAUGCGAUAGUAUCCAUGCUUGAUCAUGAAUUGACCGAGUGGCGAUUUGCUUACCCAAAGGCACUCGAGUCUGCUCAUUUUGAUGAUUUCAAUGAAAAGGAUGGGUAUUUGGCACCAGUUUCAGCUUCAAUUUUGCUGUGCUAUUUCAGUCUGUUGAUCUUGCUCCAUCGACCGUUUAUUGAACGUAUCUCACCUGGUAAGACCAAAGCCCGGCCGUCGUACUCCUCAUUCAGGAUUGGAACCAGUGCAGCAACUCGGGGUAUGCGAAUUGCGUCUCAGAUGAAAGUCAGAGAUUUCCUGAUGUUCCCUUAUUCGUUUGGUCUGUACCCGGUUCUGCAGUGCUGCCUGAUCCACAUGUACAACACCAAGAACCCUGACAUCCGCAUCUCGUCGCCUGCGAUGUCGGAUCUGGCCAAGGGUCUCGCGCUUGUGGAGCGACUUCAGGAAAUGUCAAGUACAGCACGCCGCCUACACGGACUCUUGAGUAUUGUGAUGAGCAACAAGGAUAUUGAGGUCGGGAAACCUGCCGCUGUGGACCACAGUGAUGACCGAAAGAAUUCGAUUCAAAGACAAACCGAAGUAGAACCGGGAUCGUUAUCAUUAUCGUCGUCGCUGUCGUCGUCGUCUGCGGUGGCAGCAUCACCGUCACCUCAAUUGCCGACAUCAUCGCCAUCAGCACUAUCAUCCAGUCGACCUGCAACGAUGCGUGUAUCGGAUGUCGGUCGAGGAAUCUUGAGACAAACUCAACAUCAACAUCAACAACAUCAACAUCAACAACAUCAACGCCAACGCCAACCUUCAAACUCAUCAUGGAUUAGUUCUGUACACAAUAUGAACCCACCACCAAAAUCACUUUCUCACCCAUUACCUCCUCAAUCUAUGCCAUAUACAAACAACAACAAUAGUAGUAAUAGUAAUUAUAUGUAUUCUCAACCCGGAUUAUCGGAAACUAUGAUUUCACCAUUCGACACCCAUUCGGCCACUUCUACACCUUCGCCUACAUCAACCGGAGAAGCAUUCACACUAAAGCAGUUUGGAUUCAAUAUUCCAGGAGAACAGAAUAUGGCUGACCUUGAUUCUUAUCAACAGAAUAUGUCGAUAUUUUCUGGGAUAGAUUUCUUGCCAUCGUUUUCAAUGUAUCCGCCCUUUGGAAACGAACCACGAUCUCUUGAGAUCAAUAAUGUUACUGGACAGAACAAUGUCAGUCUAUCAUCAUCAACAACAGCAGCAACGACAGUCCAAUCCACCUUAAAUCAACACUCAUCAUCAUCACCAACAGCAUUAUCAUCAGAAUCAUUACCAUCAUCAUCAUCCUCAUCAUCAUUAAUAAUAUCAAGACCAACGACUGAUCAACUUGAUAUUACUACAACAUCACACAAUACCUCGAAUACCACUACUACUACUACUACUACUACUAAUAAUAAUAAUUCCGAUACUGGUUCUGGUACUGGUUCUGGUAAUAAUAAUAGUAAUAAUAGUAUGGUUUCUGGAAUACAUGGUAAUCAAGAUCUGUCCAACAAUGUAUUCCGGAAUAAUCCGAACAAUCCAUUCUGGGGAAUCCCUUCGUCUAUGGACUGGACUGAAUGGAACGAGUGGAAUCAACGAACACAAGGGUCUGCUACAUGGCAGCCAUUGAAUUAA